AAGAGAGAGGCAUCUUGAAUCCCCCUCAUCUUCACGGAUAUCUAUACAUUUUGUAACCACGGCUUCAAAGGUGGACAGCGUUUUUUCCUCUUUAUCCCUGCAUUUCUUCAAGAAAGAAAUGGAAGAGGGCUCCAGUUCUCCGGUCUCCCCUGUGGAUAGUCUGGUGACCAGCGAGGAGGAGCUGGACAGACAGCAGAAACGCUUUGCAAGGAAGAGGAGACACAGCAAAAAGUCCAGCGAGGAGAGCAGCAGCAGCAGCCCGGGGCCGGUGAAACGGGGCAAGAAAACGAGUCCGAGCAGCACUCAGUCUUACGAGGAGCUGCAGAAUCAGCGGGUCCUGGCCAACGUCCGGGAGAGGCAACGGACUCAGUCUCUGAACGAGGCCUUUGCGUCUUUGCGCAAAAUUAUCCCCACGCUGCCGUCGGACAAACUGAGCAAGAUACAGACACUGAAGCUCGCCUCCAGAUACAUUGACUUUCUCUGUCAGGUGCUGCAGAGCGACGAGAUGGACAGCAAGAUGUCCAGCUGCAGCUACGUUGCGCACGAAAGGCUCAGUUACGCGUUCUCGGUGUGGAGGAUGGAGGGCGCUUGGUCUAUGUCAGCAUCUCACUAGCACCCAAGGACCUUGACUUACAAUGCCAAAGCGACUGUUUACUUCUACAAAGUAUGAAGACCAAAGAGAUUGUUGAAGAAACCCAGUCGACCUCAGAGGCAAGGCGUAAUGUGACCCACAGCUACAAGCUCUUAGGGAGACUGUGUGGAUGCAGAUCGGUCCCGCUGCUGGAGACGUGUUGGCGCACUGGGCCCUGCGACGUGUGGAGGCCAAAGAUGUCAGCGCUGGGACACCCUGUGUCAGCAACGCCACCGUUUUAGCGUUUGUUGGAGGAGAUAUAUUUUGUUUUUCAAAGACUUCAAAACCAAAGUAUGAAUUUAAAUAUAGAAAUGAAUACAUAUUGUACAUAGCCGUGUAAGUACGACGGUAUCCCGUAAAAGGACCGAUGCAAUUUAGAGGCACUCCCUGCAUGGAUUUUAUUUCAUUGAGUUUCUUUAGCAAG